AGCCGUUUACUGCACGUGGUGAUUUUAACCUAGGAAAGUUAUUUUUAAAAGUAAAAGAAUAAAAUUUUCAAAAACUUAUAUACAAUUAAAUAUUUGAAUAUUUAUAUAAAAUGUGUUUUUCUAAAUAUGUGUAAAGGUCUCUCUUAAGUCUAAGUCUAAUUGAAAAAAAUGGGAAAACUAGCAUACGAACGAAAAGACAGCAAAAGAAAAAUAUCUUUUUUGUAUAAACAGAAAGCUAAAUUGAAAAGAGAUGAAAAUUCAGAAAACACAAAUACUAUAGAUAAAAAGAAUAAACAAAAAGAGUCUCGCAUAAUUGUGAGAAAUUUACCUUUCAAGGUAACAGAAGAAGAUGUAAAAAAAUUGUACGCACCAUUUGGUGAAAUUAAAGAAGUAAAUCUUCUAAGGCGUCCAGAUGGAAGUCUAGUUGGAUGUGGUUUUAUAGAGUUCAAUCAUGUAGAAGAUGCUUCCAAAGCAAUAUUUAAUACUAACAAAAAGGAGUUUUUUGGAAGGAUUAUAAGUAGCAAUUGGGCUAUAUCAAAGUCUAAAUUUGACGAACUUAAAAAUAGUCAGGAGAGAACUAAGGAUGAAAAAUUGUCUUCUCAAGAUGGUCAAAAAGUAGAUAAUGAAAAUGAUAACAUUCAAGAGAGAAAGAUCACUAAAGAAAAAAAUAAUUUGAAGAUGCAAAAAAGGAAAAAGUUUCUGAAGAAGAAACGUCAGAAGAAACGAGCCAGAAUUGUAAUACGAAAUUUAUCUUUUAAGAUUACAGAAGAUAAUUUGAAGGAGUAUUUCUCUCAAUAUGGAAAAAUAGAAGAAAUAAAACUUUUGAGAAAAUCUGACGGUUCACAGACUGGAGUUGCAUUUCUACAGUUCGAUCAUGUGCAAGCCUCCGCAAAAGCUAUACACUAUUCAAACAUGCAGCCUCUUUUAGAUAGACCUAUGAUUGUUGACUGGGCUGUUCCAAAAAACAAAUUUCUCCAGAGCAAUGCGUCCGAUGUCAAACCAGAAAUUAAAGAAGAGACAGAAGCGCACAAUAUUUCAGAAAUAAAUGUAUCUCACAGCGAUAAAGAUACAGUAGAUAGCAACUCGGAUAUUGAAAUAGCGAGCGAAAAUCUUCAAACUCAAAAAAGUAUAAUAAAAAAUAAAUAUUCGAUACAAGUUAAACAAGAAGCAGAAGAUAAUGAAAGUGAAAAUGAUAUCAACAUUGAUAAUGAGAACAAAGACGAUAACGAUGAUAAAGAUGACGUUAAGAUUGCGAUUGACGAAGAUGUUAAAAAAGAAAUUAAAAAAGAAGAAAAUUUGGAUGCAAAGCACUUGCGACGAAUAUCAAAUGAUGUUAGCGAAGGAAGAACGAUUUUCCUGAAACAAGUACCGUUUUCUGUUAAGAAUGAAGAACUCAAAACAUAUAUGGAGCAGUUUGGACCUGUGUAUUACGCUCUUGUAUGCAUUGAUCCUUUGACCGAGUAUUCAAGAGGCACCGCGUUUGUGAAAUUCAGACAUGUUGAAGAUGCUGAAAAGUGUUUGUCAGCCAAAGAAUUGCGUUUGCAUGAUCAAAGAAUGGAGGCGCACAGGGCUUUACAUAAGAACGACGUUGAGAACAAAAAAAAAUUGAAAGAAACGAGAAUGAAAGACUCCAGAAAUUUGUAUCUUGUCAAGGAAGGAGUCGUUGUGGCUAAAAGUGCAGCAGCGAUGGGUGUAUCGGUAUCCGACAUGGAAAAACGUUUAAAAUUAGAAAAGUGGAAAUCACAGAUGUUACGUAACUUAAAUAUGUUCGUGUCGAAGGUACGACUAGUUGUUCAUAACUUAUUACCUAGUUUCACCGAUGACGAUCUUAGACAGUUAUUCAAAAAUCACAGUGAUUCUAAUGCUAGAAUUACGGAAGCACGAGUAAUGCGUGAUCUUAAGAAUUUGGAUGCAAAUGGGAAACCAAAAUCAAAAGAAUACGGAUUUGUCACGUUUACAAGUCACGAAGAUGCACUUAAGGCUUUAAGAAGCAUAAAUAACAAUCCAAAUAUAUUUUUUAAAAACAAAAGACCAAUAGUUGGCUUCUCAAUAGAAAAUCGCACCAUUUUAAGAGCAAAAGAAAGAAGAAUAAAGAAGAGUCGCGAGAAUAAUCCUUUAUGGUCUGGAAAUAAAAACAAAAGAAAGACAGAAGAAGAUACCGAAGAGGAAAUCUCCGCUAAACGUACUAAACUCGGAGAAUCGAAAACUUCGAAAGAAAAGCCGUAUGCCGGCAUUACUGGCAAAUUAGGACACGACAAUUUAAGAUCAAAUUUCAAACUUAAAUCACAAGUUGAGUUACACAAGCGGACAAGUAAAAAGCAGAAAAAAUUAUAUAAAGCGACUAAGCAAUUAAAAAUUAUGAAACAAGAGAAAGUGAAGAAAAAACAAGACAAUGUAGCGGUGAAACAACAAAAUAUCGAUACAGAAGAUGCAAACUUCAAUAAUCUCGUGGAUAAUUAUAGGAAUAAAAUAAAAAAGAUUAAUCCGAAGAAAUUGAAAUGGUACGAAUCCUAGAAAACAUCUUGAUAUAUAUUUAAAUGUAAACAAAAAUGUAAUAAUAUCUAAUAAAUAAAAGUACAAAAUAAGA